AAGGCUCGGAAGCGAGGGACGUUUGAAAUUAAACAAACCACUUCUGGCUAAGGUUAGGCGUCGGGUUAGUUUUUUCUUUAUUUGCUGUUGUGUAUUUCUUAGCCUUAGUUGUGUCGGAGUUUGAGAGCGUAUAACAUAAGUAAAAUUCAUCUGGAUAUUUUCGAACCACUACGGCUUCCCCUCAUUUUGUCCACAAUUGUAUCAACUAGUCCGAGGUUAACGUUGCCUUCCAUCGAGUUUAGUCUGGAGUGGUACCUCUCCGUCGCCGUGUAAUAUAACACAGACUAUGGAGACCACUGCCAGGGUCAAAAUAUUAAAUGAUUUGAAGACUCAGAGGCAUGAAUUGAAGCACACUGAGGACGGACCGAUGCGUAUCCCCGUGUCCCACCAGUCGCACACAACUUCGAAACAUUUAGACGGCCCGUCCCAGCAACGCCAACGAGUCCUGUCGGCGGCUAAUGGACCUCAGCGCCUAGUGCCACCGUUAAGACACAAUAAAUCUUUGCCUCAGCUUCCCAAUACUAUCAAAUCUGCACAGCCAGGAGAUCAGAAUGUCAAACCGGCAACCACUAAUGUCAAUCCACCCCCCAAACCUGCUGUCGAAAGAAACCCAACUAAGAUGAAUGAGCCCAAAGUGCCAAAACCUGCUGUAUCAACGACCUUACCUGCAAAACCGGUGACAGGAGCUGCAAAACCUGAGAAUGAACCAGCCAAGAAAGAAUCCGCAGACUCGUCAAAGAACAGGAAGCGGUGGAGCCUGGAUAGCUUUGAAAUUGGUCGCCCGCUAGGAAAAGGCAAAUUUGGCAACGUCUACCUCGCCAGAGAACGCCAGACUAAAUUCAUCCUGGCCCUCAAGGUGCUCUUCAAAAAGCAGCUGGAGCAGGCGGGCGUGGAGCAUCAGCUGAGAAGAGAGGUGGAGAUCCAGUCUCACCUCAGGCACCCCAACAUUCUGCGUCUUUACGGCUAUUUCCACGACGCGUCCCGUGUGUACCUCAUUCUGGAGUACGCACCCAAAGGUGAGCUCUUUGGUGAGCUACAGCGCUGUGGGUCUUUCUCUGAGCAACGCAGCGCCACGUACAUCAUGGAGUUAGCAGACGCCUUGGACUACUGCCACUCGAGGAAAGUGAUCCACAGGGACAUCAAGCCUGAAAACCUCCUGCUGGGCGCGAAUGGGGAGUUGAAGAUUGCAGAUUUUGGUUGGUCUGUUCACACGCCCUCGUCCAGGAGAUCGACAUUAUGUGGAACAUUGGACUAUUUGCCCCCCGAAAUGAUUGAAGGCAAGACCCACGACGAGAAGGUGGACCUGUGGAGUCUCGGCGUGCUUUGCUACGAGUUCCUGCUGGGGAAACCUCCGUUUGAAACCAAAUCGCAUGAGGACACAUAUCGCAGGAUAUCGAGGGUGGAAUACUCAUACCCUGCGCAGUCCAACAUCAGCCCACCAGCCAAAGAAUUGAUUUCUCUCCUGCUGAAGCACAACCCCGCACAUCGGCUGCCCAUACAAGGCGUCCUCGCCCACCCGUGGGUGCUCCAAAACUCCACCAAGAAGCCCAGCGCCCGUGCUGCAGAGGAGCCCAUCCACUGAUGCUAAUCAUUUCAUGCUAACCUUUACACAAAGGCAACUUCCUGUUCCACUUGUAAAUAUUUCACUAAUAACUAAGAAAUGUUAGCUUUCAUCAAUGUUCUUACUUGAAAUAAAAUAAAAUGUGCCUGCACUUUCCUUCAGCACCUGAAUUUUUGCAGGGAGUGCUAUUUUACAUGUGAGCAGCAGGUGGUGCCAUUGCACCACUAAUUCCUAAUUUUAAUUUCCAAUUCCUCGUUUGUCUCUGAAUCCGUUGAAAGCUCUAAUAAAAGUGUUAAAAUGUUUAA